AUGGCCUUCACAAAACCCACCAUGCUUUCUCUUAUUUUUGCAGCCUUCAUCAUCUGUUUCUGCUUUUCUUCUUCAUUGGCUGAGCUUCAACGUUUCCAGCAGCCAUUGAAAUCCGAUGGUUCUCUUAGCUUCUUGGUGAUUGGAGAUUGGGGAAGAAGAGGACUUUUCAACCAAUCUGAAGUUGCUUCACAGAUGGGAGUAAUUGGAGAGGAACUAGACAUAGAUUUUGUGAUCUCUACUGGAGAUAAUUUUUAUGAAGAUGUUUUGGGUAACCAUGAUUACAGAGGUGAUGUUGAAGCACAGUUGAAUCCAAUCCUCACACAAAAGGAUAGCAGAUGGCUUUGCAUGCGGUCGUUCAUAGUCAAUGCAGAAAUUGUUGAAAUUUUCUUUGUGGACACAUCGCCAUUUGUGAAUGACUACUUCACAAACCCAGAACACAACUAUGACUGGAAAGGUAUUUCUCCUAGGGAGACUUACCUUGCAAAUCUGUUGAAGGAUGUGGAUGCAGCACUGAGCAGCUCCAAUGCAAAAUGGAAACUUGUUGUUGGUCACCAUGCCAUCUUAAGUGCAGGACACCAUGGAAUCACAGUAGAGCUUCUACAGCAGCUUGUUCCAAUUCUGCAGGAACAUAAUGUUGAUGCUUACAUAAAUGGGCAUGAUCACUGUAUCCAGCAUAUCAGCAGCCGUCACAGCAACAUUCAAUUCAUAACAAGUGGAGGCGGCUCAAAGGCCUGGAGGGGUGAUAUAAGGAAGUGGGAUCGAGAGGAAUUGAAGUUAUAUUAUGAUGGCCAAGGAUUUAUGUCAGUGCAAAUGACCGACUCCACGGCCACUUUUGCAUUCUAUGAUGCCUUUGGCAGUGUUUUGCACCAAUGGAGCAUAUCCAACGAGAGUCACGCAGCUGCAUAA